CUGUCUGUGUCUGAAAGUGAACACCUUCCACCUAGCACUGUGUUUUUGUUACAAGUUUUAAUCCUAGCACAACAUAAAUUUGACAAAACUAUUGACUUUACUUAAAUUGCUUUGACGAGCAGGAAAUUUACUGCACUCAGAUUGGACAUUUAAAAAGGUUCACAGAAUGACAUCGUUUUUUAGAAGAAAAUCAACAAAAUACGCGGUACCUUUUUUAGUUUUGGUAUUAGGCGGUUCUUUCGGCUUAAAAGAAUUUGCUCAAAUCAGGUACAAAUUCUCUAAAAAAGAAGCAUUUAAACCUGAAGAAGUAAAGGAAAUGGGAUGCAAAAAACCUGUUAAAAGUGUUGGAGAGGUUACUGUUGAGACAGAGUUUGAAAAAAUUAAGAAGAUUGACAUUGAUCAUUGGGAAAACAAACGAGGACCAAGACCCUGGGAAAAGUAGACUGUCCAACAAACCAGUUAAGUUGCUGAUGUAACAAAUUUUAGUCCACCAUUUAAUUUGAUUGCAAAUAAAACAGGAUUUAUUUGCAA